AAGAAUUUGAAUAGGGAAUCUUCAUGUUCUUCGGUAGGGAUAUUAAAGAACCUUGGGGAUAUUCUGUUGGAAUAAGGCAAAGAGUGUAAACAAACUGUUUGCAUUGUAAUGAAGUGGAAGCAUUGCUACUUUUGUAAGGAAAGAGCAUCCUGCAUAGAUUUACAUAACCAUCCACAGGCUUUCAUAAUGAAGAGACUCUCAUCAUUUAUUAAAUAUAAAUGAUUUUGAGUCUGGUUGCAACCUAAUAAGUGGUAAAAAUUAUGUUUAUAGAAAUGGCAAAUUCUCUUGAAGAGAAGAAGAAAUGUGUUCGUUUUUCAGCUGAACCCUUAAGUCUGCUUUGUGAGUGGGAAGAUUGUGGAAGAUUAGAGGAAGAUAUAGAGAGUUUCAUUUCUCAUUUAGGGAUGUGUCAUCUUACAAAUUUAGUUGAGAGUGAUCUCCAUUGCCACUGGAAAGACUGCGAGGGGUUUACAGAAAAUCUUCCUGAACUGAGAAGGCACAUUCUGUUGCAUGCAUUUCAUACUAAAAUAAAAUGCUAUGGCAGAAAUCUUCAACAAAGAAAAAAAAUGCCUAACUGUUCUCUAAGUAUCCAAAGCCGUAAUAUAAUACCAGAACUCCCAGAGCCCUUAGUUUGCUGUUGGGAAAAUUGUUCUGAGGAUUUUGAAUGUCCAGAGCACUUUUAUCGACAUGUUGACAAUCAUGCUGAAAAUGAGAGUAAGAGAGAAAAAAAUAUUGCAGUUUGUUUAUGGCAUGACUGUCACAGAAUUUUUGCAGAUCAGUAUAAAGUGAAAGAACAUAUGAGGUCUCAUACUCAAGAAAAGUUAAUUGCUUGCCCCACAUGUGGUGGAAUGUUUGCAUCCAGAACAAAGUUUUUUGAUCAUAUACAUCGACAGUUAGCUGUAGAUGAUGAUUCAGAAGGCACAUAUAUUUGUGAAUAUUGCUCUAGAAAGAUGAAUUCUGAACGCUUACUACGAGAUCAUAUGAGACACCAUGUAAAUCAUUAUAAAUGCCCCUAUUGUGAUAUGACUUGCCCCACUCCAUCUGGAAUACAGGUUCACAUCACAUAUAGACAUUCUGAAAGUAAACCAUAUUCUUGUCAGUACUGCGAUUAUAAAUGUAAAUCAGAAAAUGAUCUAAGAAAACAUUUAGAAACACAUAGAAUGGUACCAACUUACAAGUGUCCUGUAGAAGAUUGUUCUUACACCACACGGUCUCAGUCAUGCUAUAAUGCACAUUACAGGAAGAAACACGAGAAAAAGCCACCAGCAAAAUAUUCCUGCCAUCUCUGUGCUAAAAUGUGUACAAGAGGAAAUUAUCUCACAAAACAUUUAUUGAACCAUCAUAAGUUUCAUUGGCCAUCUGGUCAUUGUAGAUUUCGGUAUCAUUUGCAUGAAGAUGGUUUCUAUAGACUUCAGACUGUGAGGUAUGAAAGUUUAGAACUUUCUCAAGCUAUGAUGGGUGAUAAUGCUGAAAAUGUUGAUGAUCCAGAUGACAUUAUAAAUUCAGCUUUUGAAAACAAAUCUGAAGAGAAUGGCUCAUUUUCCAGUGAUAUAAGUGUUCCUCUAUGUGAUGGAUCUGAUGAUCAUGUCAGUAGCACAAACCCAAUUUUUAAUGGGUCAGUAGUUUACUGCUUAGAUAGUAGAAAUGAUACUGAGUUUCAAAAUCGACCAUCUGUUAUUAGUUCUUCCUUGAAUGGUGCUUUUAUAGAGAAUGCUGAACUUCAAAAUCGCCCAUCUGUUAUUAGUUGUUCAUUAGAUUUUAUGGAGGAUACCGACCUUCAGAAUCCCCAAUCCAUAAUUACUUCUUCAUUGGAUGAUACUUUUACAGAGGAUGCUGAGCUUCAAAAUCGCCAAUCUAUAAUUAGUUCUUCGUUGGAUGGCACUUUUAUAGAAGAUGUUGAGAUUCAAAAUCAUUCAUCUACAAUUAGUUCUUCAUUAAAUGAAACUUUUAUAGAAGAUCCUGAACCUCAAAAUCGUCCAUCUGUUAUUAAUUCAUCAAGUGGCAGUCUUAUAAAAGAUUCUGAAACUUCUGAAGAAAAACCUGUAUUAAUCAAAAUAGUUGAUACAACUGUUGGAGCAACAGCUGAUUCUUCAGGACAGCCUUUGCUGAUUCUGAAUUAUCCAGAUCAGGGAAAAGAUGAACAGUGUAAAACUGUGCAGCUAAUAACUCAGGAUUCUGAUGGUAGAAUGACAUUUGAAACUGCUGAAAUAAUUACAGAGUACCAGUCUGCUUUAAGAGUAUUAUAAAUAUUGUGUUGGAAACUGUGUGUAAUAAAAGCAUUUGUAAAAUGUUGGUAUAAUUUAUAAAAAAAGUCUUGUGAUCAUAUUUUUAUAGAGCCUUUAUGUUUUAGAUAAAUGUUAUUAAAAUAAAUGUAAUUAAUUUAUUUUGAAAUGCAUAUAAAUGAUAUUUAUUUUGAAACGAAUAUGAAUGCAAUUUUACUUUGUGCAACAUUUUUGCUCCAGGUUAAAUUUUUGUACUAAAAAACAAAGCUAACAGCUUGGGACCCAUGGGUCACAUGUAACUCAGAGUUCUUUCUGUUGUUUGCAGUUAGGCAACAUACAAAUUUCUUAUUUAUUUAUUUUAUCCUGAGCUUCCAAUUGCAUAUUAUUUUUGAUAUUUUUUCUUAUAUAUAAUAUCAUACACUGUAUGUGUAUAUGUAUCCCAUACAGUGUGUUUUGUUAAACUUCAGAAUAUAUGGUAUAGUAUGUUUUGGUGACCAGCUUUCUAUUAUGAAAGUAAGGGAGAUUUAGUCAUGACAGAUUGUCAUAAAUUUUUGGGAGAAAGGCGAUUCCAGCAAAUAUUUAACAUGGAAUGGAUCACACUAAGAAAA